AUCCCUCGCCACCCUCUUUUAUAUACGCGAUAUAAAUUAUUCCCGUUCUUAUUCGGGCCUAGUCUACCGUUGUCUUAUCCUGUCUAGGCACUCUAUACUUCUUUCAUCAUUUCAAGCCACUGCCGAGACCCACAGCUCACAAUCGUUCCCCCGCUGCAGAAACUUAGCCUGGGUUUGGCGUAAUGUCUUGCCCGUGAUCGAAAACUCCUUGCUUCAACGUCACGUCAACCCUUUUUGCUUUCCUUUAAAGGUUUUUUUUGACAGAUUCACUGAGAAGAAAACGACUGCGACGCACUUUUUAAUUAUGAUACUCCUAGUUGCCUGCUUGCUCAGCAUCUUUGCCGAGUAUGCAGUUGCUGUCGGCCCGCUCGUGGAAUUGGGCUAUGCCAGAUACAAUGGAGUUGAGUUGGGCAACGGCGUCACCCAAUGGCUCGGAUUGCCGUAUGCAGCGCCGCCGCUAGGCCCGCUGAGAUUUGCUGCCCCAGCAGACAUCACUAUUGAAAAUAGAGAGUACCAGGCAUACACGGCAAGUAGCAGCAAGAAUCACCACGGUCCGGCCUGCAUUGGCGUCGACUCCAGCUCGAACAGUCUCGGCGACAGCAGCAGCCAGGUCUCGGAAGACUGCCUGACGCUCGACAUUUACGCGCCGGCGUCGGCGACGGCCGAGUCACAGCUGCCUGUGUACUUGUACAUUCCUGGCGGCGGCUUCAGCGUGUCGGGCCUGCCGCCCAACGGCUCGACGCUCGUGCACAACAGUGGACACGAGAUCAUCUACGUCUCGCUGACGUACCGCGUCGGCCCAUACGGUUUCCUGACUGGUGACAGCAGCGACCUCGUCGCGGAGGCGGGGACCCCACAGUUCAGUUACAACAACGGGCUCAAGGACCAACUGAAAGCGCUGCACUGGGUCAAGGAGAACAUUCAAUCAUUCGGCGGCAAUCCCUCUCAUCUCGUCAUCGGUGGCGCCAGCGCAGGCGCAGGCUCCGUCGUCCUGCACGUCUCGAACCCAGAAACGAGCGCGCUUCUCGCAGGCGCAACGGCCGAGUCAGCCUCGUGGCCGCCCCUCCUCACCCCGGAAGAAGGUGACUACAUUUUCAGCAACAUCAGCGCGCUAACCUCGUGCUCGGCGUCCGUCAACGCGCUCGCCUGCCUGCGCGCCCUCCCCGCCUCAGCCCUCCAGCAACUCAUCCGCGGCCAGCGAUUCCGCUUGCCCGGCGCGCCAGAGACGCCGCUCUUCGCGUACGCGCCCACGCUCGACGGCGACCUGGUGCGAGAAUACACGUACGAAGCACUAUGGCAAGCGCACCGCUCACGAGGGCACACGCUGCCGCCCCUCCUCCUCGGCGCGACAAGCCACGACGGGGCGACCUUCGCGCCGGCAUCCGCAGGCACGGCGCUCUACGCGGCCGACGCAUUCAUAACGUCGCAGUUCCCACGGCUGAGCGCCACCGACCUCGCCUGGCUGCACGCACACCCCUACUACGCGCCGCUGAUCCAAAGCAGCAAUUUCCGCGCCUUUGCGGCCCGCGCCUUCGGCUCCCUCCGCUACGCCUGCCCCGCGCUCUUCGUCGCGUGGGCGGUGCCCUCGCGCGCGCACAGUCCCGCCGUCUGGCUGUACCGCUGGGACGUCGGCGCCGCGGGGCACGUCGCCGAGCAGGGCGCAGUGUUCCGCGGGGCGGGGGCGGCGGGGGGCGACGUUGCUGCCAUCGAGGCCGCCGCUAAUAUCCAGGCGUAUUUCGUUAGUUUUGUGCGCUUCUUGGAUCCGAAUCCGGGAAGGGCGGCUGGGGCCCCGCUGUGGGGCGCUACGGGAGGGGAUGAGGUGGGCAGGGGGGAGGAUGGGGCGCAGAAGCGCGCGCUGGUUUUGGAGGUCGUGGUUGAGGAGGUGGAGGCGGGGGUGGGGACGGGGGCAGUUGGCGGUACAGAAGCAACAGGCGAAGCAGGCGCAGCAGAAGCCGCAGCACCAGCACCAGAAGACACGACAGUAGUAGCCGGGAGCGAAGAAGUCGAAGCAGCAGCCGUGGUGCAAGAAGCGGGCGAGGCAGAGGUUCCGGAAGACAACAACGACAACAACAACAACGACGACGACACCCCCUCCCUACCGCCCAUCGGCACAGGACCAGCCCCAGCAGCCGGCUCCUCGACAGCAGCGACGACGUGGCUCCCCCAGCGCAUGCUCUUCACGGACCAUGCCGAGGAAGAAGGAGCCGCGGCCACGCGCAUGGAGAUGCUCGAUGCCACGCAGUGGGAGCAGUGCGUCUAUCUUGUGGAUCGCGGGAUUGUGCUGCAGCAGUAGGGUGCAUGGGGUUGGUUGUGUGGGAGGCGUGGUGGGGGGUUGGGGGGUGGUUGUAAGAAGGGAGGGGGGAUGGAUGGAAGGACGAUGAGGGCAUCCGCGGCGUUUGUGUUUCUUGCUAUUUGGUUUUGGUUUUUAUACGUCCGUCGUUGGUCGUCUUUAGUGGAUUUUAGUUGUUGGUUGAUUGUUGGACUAGGGCUCUGAAGUGCAGGUGCAGGUGCAAGAUGUUAUGUUAUAUGUUAUGCAGCACGCAGAGGGACGAAGGUGAUGAUAGCGGGAGUAAUAAUGGCUGGAUGGGUGGAUGGAUAGAUGGGUGGAUAAAUGGUAAAAUGAAUGAUAUCACAACGGA